UGGCUCGGUUAACUUCAAGCUUCGACUCGCUGAUCGCGCGCUUCUUCACGUCACACGUGAAAAGCAACUAUAAACAAAACUGAUCUUUUUUUUUGCUUCGCCACUCUGAUACUAAGAAGAAGAUCUGCAAGCGAAAAAUCUGAGCUCAAGAUUUCGAUCGAUCGAAUUAGCCACACAGACAUAUGUGCGAAUAGAGAAAGAGAGAGGGAGGGAGAAACAGAGGAAGGGGGAUGGCUUUCAUGGCGGUUUUGGAGUCAGAUCUACGGGCCCUCUCCGCCGAAGCACGCCGUAGGUACCCCGCCAUCAAAGACGGAGCAGAGCACGCAAUCUUGAAGCUCCGCUCAUUGUCAAGUUCUAGUGAAAUUGCACAACAUGAUGAUAUUUUGAGGAUAUUUUUGAUGGCAUGUGAAGUUAAGACAGUUAAACUGAGUGUCAUUGGUUUAUCCUGCUUACAAAAGCUCAUAGCACAUGAUGCUGUAGCCCCAUCAGCUUUGAAUGAGAUUCUUGCCACCUUAAAAGAUCAUGGUGAGAUGGCAGAUGAAGGUGUUCAACUGAAGACCCUUCAAACAGUACUCAUAAUUUUUCAAUCCCGUUUACAACCUGAUAGUGAGGAGCACACUGCCCAAGCUCUUGGUAUUUGUCUCCAUCUUCUUGAGAACAACAAAUCUUCAGAUAGUGUACGAAAUACUGCAGCAGCUACUUUCAGACAAGCAGUGGCAUUAAUUUUUGAUCAUGUUGUGUCUUCUGAGUCACUUCCAGCUAGCAAGUUUGUUCAUGGAGGAUACAUGUCACGAAGUUCUUCAGUUUCUUCUGACAUUAAUCAUAGUAUAAACAACUCAAGGUCAAUGGAAGGCUUGAUGUAUUUAGAAAAGGCAAAGAUGAGAGAUACAUCAACCAAAGCUGGAAAACUUGGGCUACGAUUGCUCGAGGACCUGACAGCUCUUGCUGCAGGUGGAUCUGCCAUUUGGUUACAUGUUGGUUCCAUUCAGCGGACUUUUGCACUUGAUAUACUUGAGUUUAUUUUAUCUAAUUAUGUGGCUGUGUUUAGAGCUCUGCUUCCUUAUGAGCAGGUCUUACGUCACCAAAUAUGUUCACUUCUAAUGACAUCACUUCGUACUAAUUCUGAGAUUGAAGGAGAAACUGGAGAGCCUUAUUUUCGUCGCCUUGUCUUGCGAUCUGUAGCUCAUAUAAUUAGGCAUUAUAGUUCAUCCCUCAUCACUGAAUCUGAGGUGUUUCUCAGCAUGUUAGUGAGGGCUACAUCACUUGAUUUGCCAUUGUGGCAUCGUAUUCUUGUACUUGAAAUCUUGAGGGGUUUCUGUGUAGAAGCACAUACUCUGAGAAUUCUAUUUCAGAAUUUUGACAUGAACCCAAAGAACACAAAUGUAGUUGAGGGUAUGAUAAAAGCUCUUGCUCGAGUGGUUUCAAGUGUGCAGUUUCAGGAGACGAGCGAGGAGAGCUUGGCAGCUGUUGCGGGAAUGUUUACUAGUAAAGCUAAAGGAGUUGAAUGGAGUUUAGAUAAUGAUGCAUCCAAUGCUGCUGUUUUGGUUGCAAGUGAAGCCCAUGCAGUAACUUUAGCCAUUGAAGGCCUACUUGGAGUUGUUUUCACAGUGGCUACCUUGACAGAUGAGGCAGUGGAUGUUGGUGAGCUUGAAUCCCCAAGAUGUGAGUCAGAUCCACCUGCAAAGCUUAUUGGAAAAACUGCAGUUCUAUGUACAACCAUGGUUGAUUCAGUGUGGUUGACUGUCCUUGAUGCACUAUCCUUGAUUUUAUCCAAAACACAGGGUGAGGCUAUAGUGUUAGAGAUAUUGAAGGGUUAUCAAGCGUUUACACAGGCAUGUGGUGUUCUUCGAGCUGUGGAACCUUUAAAUUCAUUUCUUGCAUCACUUUGCAAAUUCACCAUAAGUUCAUCAAAUGAAUCUGAAAGGAGAAGCCGAAGUUUACAAUCUGUGGGAUCAAAGCGGAUAGAAGUAGUGGUAGAUCAAAGGGAUGUUGUUAUUCUUACACUUAAGAAUGUUCAGGCCCUCAGGACUCUCUUCAACAUAACUCAUCGGUUAUACAAUGUUCUAGGACCUUCGUGGGUGUUGGUUUUGGAGACUCUAGCAGCACUUGAUCGAGUAAUUCAUUCUCCACAUGCAACAACCCAGGAUGCAUCUGCAGCUGUCUCAAAGCUUCCUAGAGAAACAUCUGGCCAGUAUAGUGAAUUCAGUAUUCUCUCAUCUUUAAAUUCUCAGUUGUUUGAGAGCUCUGGAUUGAUGCAUAUAUCUGCAGUUAAAUCACUUCUUUCUGCACUCCGCCAGCUGUCACAUCAAUCAAUGGCUGGAACAUUAAGUGGUAUUUCACAAACAUCAAGUCAGAAAACAGGAAGCAUUAGUUUUGCAGUUGAGAGAAUGAUAUCCAUUCUAGUCAAUAAUAUUCACAGGAUUCAGCCACUGUGGGAAGAAGUUGUUGGGCAUUUUGUUGAGCUUGCUAAUAGCCCUAAUCACCACUUGCGAACUAUGGCGCUUAAUGCUUUGGACCAAUCAAUUUCUGCAGUUUUAGGUUCAGAUCAGUUUGAGGAACAUGCAUUGUCAAGACACCUUGGUAGCAAAACAGAAAUGAAGGCACUUGAAAUCUCUGUGAUAUCUCCACUUCAUGUCCUCUAUGGUUCGUGUCAGAGCAGUGAUGUUCAGGCUGGAUCCUUAAAAAUCCUUCUGCAUGUUUUAGAGAGGCAUGGUGAUAAGCUGUGUUAUAGCUGGCCAAAUAUUCUUGAAAUGCUAAGAUCAGUUGCUGGAUCAUCUGAAAAGGAUCUUGUCACACUCGGAUUCCAGAGCCUACGUGUCAUCAUGAAUGAUGGGCUUUCAACUGUACCUCCAGAAUUUCUCCACGUAUGUUUAGAUGUUACUGGUGCAUAUAGUGCUCAGAAGACUGAAUUGAACAUCAGUUUAACAGCAAUUGGACUACUGUGGACUUCAACUGAUUUUAUAGCAAAAGGUCUUUUAGAGGUUCCUACAGAGGAUAGGGAAAGAGAAAUGUUAGAGAACAAGAAUGGUGAAAAGAUAGAACAGAGUCUGAAUAUUGUUAAAAAAGUUAACCAACAUGAUCCUUCAGUAACUGUAGCUGAACAUGAAAAAUUGCUGUUUUCUGUUUUUUCGUUACUCCAAAAACUGGGAGCUGAUGACAGGCCUGAGGUUAGGAACUCAGCUGUGAGAACACUUUUCCAAACCCUUGGGAGCCAUGGGCAAAAGCUUUCAAAAAGCAUGUGGGAAGAUUGUUUAUGGAAUUAUGUUUUCACCACUUUGGAUCGUGCUUCUCACAUGGCUGCAACAUCUUCCAAAGACGAAUGGCAGGGGAAAGAACUCGGUGUCCGUGGUGGAAAAGCAGUUCAUAUGCUCAUACAUCAUAGUCGCAACACUGCUCAAAAACAAUGGGAUGAAACACUUGUGCUUGUGUUUGGUGGAAUUGCUCGUAUCCUGCGUACUUUCUUUCCACUAUUAAUGAGUUUAACCAAUUUUUGGUCAGGAUGGGAGUCUUUGCUCUGUUCUGUGAAGAACAGCAUUGCAAAUGGCAGUAAAGAGGUUGCCCUUGCUGCAGUAGGGUGUUUGCAGUCAACAGUCCUCUCUCAUUCCCCCAAGGGAAAUCUGCCAAUGCAAUAUCUCAAAUCUGUUCUUGAUGUUUAUGAUAUUGUUCUCCGCAAUCCAACUGCAUGUGGUGACAUGGCAGCUAACAAGGUGAAGCAGGAGAUAAUACACGGGCUAGGAGAAGUGUAUGCACAUGCACAAGGGAUGUUUGACAGCAGCAUGUAUGGGCAAUUGCUUUCCAUCAUUAACUCUGCAAUCAAAGAAGCAAAGAUCACUCAAAACAACUUUGAAGCUGAAUUUGGACACAUACCACCAGUACAGCGUGUAGUAUUGGACAUCAUUCCACAAUUAAGUCCACCUGAACACCUUCCAUCAUUGUGGGCUGUCUUCUUCCAGAAGCUCUUGCAAUAUCUUCCAAAUUCUGAUUCUUCAGAAGGAGAUGCUGCAAAUCGUGUUGAAUCAAGGGGCUCCAUUUUCGAUGGUAGGAAGAUGAGUGAUGUGACUAAUGGAACCACUUUUAGUGAAAAAAUUCAAGUAUCUUCAUCUUCAAGCUUUGAUUCAAAAAAAGCUCCUGCACUCACCAUCUCAAGUGAUUUAUUUGCUGAAAAGCUUGUUCCUGUGUUGGUAGAUUUGUUCUUACAGGCUCCAGUAGCUGAAAAGGCUGUUACUUUUCCUUACAUUAUUCAAGCUCUUGGAAGGUGCAUGAUAACAAGAAGAGAAAACCCUGAUGGUGGACUUUGGGGACUAGCUGUCAAAAGCUUCAACCAAUUACUCGUUGAUGACAUCAGCAAAUUAUCACAAGACAUCAGCAGCAUCAACAGUAACAGUAACAAGCCUGCAAGAAUUCGGCUUUGGAAAGAAGUUGCUGAUGUGUAUGAGAUAUUCCUUGUAGGGUAUUGUGGACGUGCUCUUCCUUCCAGCUCACUUGCUGCAAUAUCAAAGGAGGAUGAUGAAUCCCUUGAAAUGGAACUUUUAGAUGUUUUGGGAGACAAAAUUCUCAUGUCAGACAUCGAUGCUUCUCCUGAUAUCUUGGAACGGUUGAUAAUUACCCUUGACCGAUGUGCUUCUCGUACAUGUUCUUUGCCUGUUGAGACAGUUGAACUUGUGCCUCCUCACUGUAGCAGAUUCUCUCUCACUUGCUUACAUAAGUUGUUUUCCUUGAGCAGGUAUUUGAUAUUUAUGACUUCCAACCUUUCAUCUCUUGUCGAUUAG